AGUUGUAAUUCUCGGACAUAAACACAGAACACAGAAUCAAUAUGAAGACUCGUGGUUCCGCCAAAAUCUCUGCAAAAUGGGUUCCAAUUUUCUCUGUAUUUUCCUUCAUUCUUGGAAUGAUCAUAACAACCAGGAUGUGGGAGGCACCUGAGUCUAAUGGGGUGCUUCUGUCAAAUCAUCGACGCGACCAAGAACUGCAAGUGGUGACAGGGGAUUGUGCCACUAAAAAGGAUAAGGAUGUAAUGAGUGAAGUGUACAAAACCCAUGAGGCCAUUCAAUCCCUGGACAAGCAAAUUUCCGUCCUGCAGAUGGAGCUAGCAGUGGCAAGGAGUGGCAGAGAAUCUGAAAUCUCAGGUGGUUCGGCUAACACCUUGGCCACAAGAUCCUCCAUUGAAGGCCCUCCAAGGAAGAAGACGUUUCUAGUGAUUGGCAUAAACACUGCUUUCAGUAGCAGGAAGCGGCGUGAUUCUGUCAGAGAGACUUGGAUGCCACAAGGGCAGCAGCUUCUUCAACUGGAACAAGAGAAGGGAAUUGUCAUCAGAUUCAUGAUUGGUCACAGUGCAACUUCUAACAGCAUUCUUGAUCGAGCUAUUGAUUCAGAAGAAGCUCAGCACAAAGAUUUCCUUCGCCUGGAACAUGUUGAAGGGUAUCAUGAAUUGUCUGCAAAGACAAAAAUUUUCUUUUCUACUGCAGUUGCAAAAUGGGAUGCUGAUUUCUUUGUCAAAGUGGAUGAUGAUGUCCAUGUCAAUUUAGGUGUACUUGCAACAACCCUUACUCGUCAUCGUUCAAAACCCAGGGUGUACAUUGGAUGUAUGAAAUCUGGACCUGUUCUUUCACGAAAGGAUGUUAAGUAUCAUGAACCUGAGUUUUGGAAGUUUGGAGAAGAGGGUAACAAAUACUUCCGACAUGCAACUGGACAGAUAUACGCAAUCUCUAAGGAUCUAGCCACCUACAUUUCCAUUAACCAGUAUGGAUACAAUUUUUCAUGCAACACCAAGCCACAUUUUAGUUAAAAAA